GGCACCGUCAUCUUCCUUCUCAACCAAGCGAGAAGAUCAUCGCGUCGUUGUUCAUACAGAAAAAAACUACAAAAAAAUGCUCAAAUUUCCAGCAAAAAUCACCAAGCACAUAAUCACCCGAAGGUGGUCGUCGCCGUCGCUGCCGUCGUCCCUCGAUUCACGUCUCCUUCUCGUAGUAACAACGAUGACGAGCCUCUCGCUCCUGGCGCUUCUUCAUCCGGACUCCUCCCUCCUCCUCUGCACUCGCAGCUUGGGGCCUCCCGUAAAGCCGAGGUUGCCGCCGCCAUGGGCUAACAGCACGUCAGAGGCUCGGACGGGGCGGAAGGCCGAGUUGGACCGGUCGAGGAUGGCAGUCUGCUUGGUGGGAGCAGCACGGCGGUUCGAGCUGACCGGGCCGUCCAUCGUGGAGCACAUACUCAAGGUGUAUCCCAACUCGGAUCUGUUCUUGCACAGCCCGCUCGACCAGAACUCGUACAAGCUGCUGUUGCUGAAGGAGUCGCCGAGGAUUGCCGCCGUGCGCGUCUUCCGUCCCGAGCGGAUUCGCUGGAAUGAGUCGCAGGCCCGAGUUCUCACCGGUCUCAACUCCCCCAGUGGCAUUCAGGGCCUUCUUCAAUACUUCAACUUGGUCGAAGGUUGUCUCAACAUGAUCCGGGCUUACCAAACCCGGAACAACUUCACCUACGACUGGAUAGUCCGAACCCGGGUGGACGGAUUCUGGACCGCCCCGUUGGGCCCCGACAACUUCGUACGGGGCACUUACGUGGUCCCGCAGGGCUCCAACUACGGCGGUCUCAACGACAGGCUCGGCGUCGGCGAUCUCGCCACCUCGACCGCCGCCCUCUCGCGCCUCUCGAUGAUCCCGCGGCUCGACUCCGCCGGGUUCCGGCAGCUCAACUCGGAGGCCGCCUUCCGGGCCCAGCUCCGGGCCCAGCGCGUGCCCCACGCGGCGAGGCGCGUGUCCUUCUGCGUCCUCAGCGACCGCCGCUACGCGUUCCCCCCGACUCGCUACGGCGUGCCGGUGGCCGCGGUGUCGAGCCGGGGCCCGCUGAGCGGGGCCAAGUGCAGGCCGUGCGCGGCGGCGUGCCGGGGGAGGUGCGUGGCGCGGGUGAUGCGGGCGAUGGACAGGUGGUGGAGCUGGACCAACUGGGAGAACGGGAGCCUCCAGCUGUGCGACGCUCGGCGCGGGUGGGAGGAGGGGUGGGAGAGGAUGUUCGACGAGGUGGCGGGGGAGGAGGCGGCGCGUGGGAGGGAGAGGAUUCGCGGGCUGAGGUGGGAGGACUGCGUGGGUGAAUUCGAGGCCUUGAAGGGCCGGACUGCAAAUUGGGACGCGCCAUCCUCGAAGGAAAUAUGCAGUCUGGGCCUGGGGACGGUCCAGUGAAAAUCAAAUUCUUGAUGUAUUUUUUGGCCACCGAAAAUUACGUCUUCGUUGUUUGAUAUUUUCCCGA